CUUUCGCCGCACAACCCUGCCGCCGCUCCCUCGACCACGACGACCGCCAACCCAACACCCACCCGCGAAUAUUCCACGAGCACGAGACCUGGAUAGGCACGCAGUACAGCGCGCGCGGCCCACGCGAUCAUGACCUCCCUCUUCCGCUUCCCCAAACCUCGAUCUCUCCUCCACUUCGUCUCCCUCCGCACCGCCUCCGAGUUCAUCACCUUUACGCUCCUCAUAAACAAAGUCACCGGCUUCUACGGCAUUCUCGCGCUGUUUACCGGAUAUGAGCUGAACGCUUUGCAACUCACGCACUAUGUCUACUCGGUCAUUGUCCUCGUCCUCGGAAUCUACCUCAUGCCGAGCAUAAGAAACCCCUCCCGACCGCUUCACAAUCUUGCGCUGGCCUGGCUAUACGUCCUCGACACGCUAGUGAAUGCUGCCUACACGGCAUUAUUCGGAACAGCAUGGUUCAUGGUCCUCUCGCAGCACCUCCAAGAGCCUGGGAAGGACAGCCCUAUUGGAGGCGGUGCGGCAGGCAGUGGAACAAUCGAUGAUACGGCCGGCUUCACAAGUCCCGAGAUCAACGCCACAAGCGUCGAGAUCACCGUGAAGCCUGCGCCGGGAUUGCUUCCAGGUCAACAAGCGGAUGCCGUUGCAAUCUCACAGCCCGGCAGUCUAGCCGGAGCUGUCCUUGAGAGCGACAUGAUGACUUCUAUCGCACUGCUGGCCAUGUUCAGCUUGAUCCGUGUCUACUUUUGCAUUAUUGUGAUGAGCUACGCACGUGGGAUCCUACGGCAAUACGUCGCAAGCACGUCUGCUUCUUCCGCCGGCUUCUCGGAGUCAACAAGCACGGAUCCGACAAUGGCGGAGUCGCCUUUUACUGCUGGGCGAGUCGAAGGACAGGGCUGGAAGGGUGCGCUGGGUCGCGUUAUGGUCAAGUUUCCGACCAAGAGAUAUUGGCUAGGAAGGGAGGAAUUCGAUGGUCAGAGCGAUUGGGAGCGUGCGACAAGUGGAAGGUUCGAGAGCGGAAGGCAGGCCCUGAAGGUCAAGGUGCCAAAUCAGGAGGUCGGUGUUGGUGAGCGUGAAAGACGGGCGAGGAGUGGGACCGGACCCCCACCGCCG